UCUGGAAAAUCAACAAUGAUGCUUACUUUGCAGCGUGAAUGUAUCUCCAUCCAUGUUGGCCAAGCUGGGGCACAAAUUGGCAAUGCAUGUUGGGAGCUGUAUUGCCUGGAACAUGGGAUCCAGCCGGAUGGACAGAAGCCAUCAGAAAAGACAACUGGAGGGGGAGAUGACUCUUUCAACACCUUCUUCAGUGAAACAGGGGCAGGGAAGCAUGUUCCCAGAGCCAUCUUUGUUGACCUGGAACCAACUGUAAUUGAUGAAGUGCGUACAGGAAUCUACCGGCAGCUGUUCCACCCUGAGCAGCUGAUUACAGGAAAAGAAGAUGCUGCUAACAAUUACGCCCGAGGACACUACACCAUUGGCAAGGAGAUCAUUGAUCUGGUUCUAGACAGGACUCGUAAACUGGCUGACCAGUGCACAGGCCUGCAGGGAUUUCUCAUCUUCCACUCCUUUGGUGGAGGCACAGGCUCAGGUUUCACCUCCCUGCUGAUGGAGAGACUCUCUGUCGAUUAUGGUAAAAAGUCUAAGCUUGAGUUUGCCAUCUACCCAGCCCCCCAGGUCUCCACAGCUGUGGUGGAGCCAUACAACUCCAUCCUUACCACCCACACCACCCUGGAGCACUCCGACUGUGCCUUCAUGGUGGACAAUGAGGCCAUCUACGACAUCUGCCGCAGGAACCUGGACAUUGAACGCCCAUCAUACACCAACCUGAACAGGCUCAUUGGCCAGAUUGUGUCUUCAAUCACAGCCUCCCUUCGCUUUGAUGGAGCUCUGAAUGUUGACCUGACAGAGUUCCAGACCAACUUGGUGCCAUACCCUCGUAUCCACUUCCCUCUGGCCACCUAUGCUCCUGUCAUCUCCGUUGAGAAAGCCUACCAUGAGCAGCUGUCCGUUGCUGACAUCACCAACACCUGCUUCGAGCCGGCCAAUCAGAUGGUGAAGUGUGAUCCUCGUCAUGGUAAAUACAUGGCCUGCUGUCUGCUGUAUCGUGGUGAUGUGGUGCCAAAAGAUGUCAACUCUGCCAUCGCUGCCAUCAAGACCAAGCGCAGCAUCCAGUUUGUGGACUGGUGCCCUACUGGCUUCAAGGUGGGCAUCAACUACCAGCCUCCAACUGUGGUUCCUGGAGGAGACCUGGCCAAGGUGCAGAGGGCUGUGUGCAUGCUGAGCAACACCACAGCCAUCGCUGAGGCCUGGGCCCGCCUUGACCACAAGUUUGAUCUCAUGUAUGCCAAGAGAGCCUUUGUCCACUGGUAUGUUGGGGAGGGAAUGGAGGAGGGGGAGUUUGCAGAAGCAAGGGAAGAUAUGGCUGCCUUGGAGAAGGAUUAUGAGGAGGUGGGUGCUGACAACAUAGAAGAGGAUGAUGAAGACGACUAUUGACUUCCUUAAGUCAUGCAUUUAAUCCAAAGUUUACAGAAGCUUAAUCCUUGUUCUCUCUUUUUUGGGCUCUAGAAAAUGUGUGGGAAAACCCAAAAAACUACUAUUGAAUUUUGAUACAUUCUAUCAUUUUCAACCACCCUAGGUAAACUGAUAGUACACACUACAUACUCUUUCACAAAACAAACUCAAGUUUCUGAAAAAAAAAAUUGGAUUAACUUUUACAGGAUGAUGUCAAAGUAAAGUUUAAAAACGUAUUGACUGCACUUGCUCCUAUCCUCUUACAAGCCUUCACGAAUCUUUCCUUUGUGCUGUAUCAAGCUGAGAAACUGAGGCCAAACCCUCUCUUUUGUGCACCUCCCCCCUCUGUACUAUCCCAUUUGGAAUGUAAGUUAUGAAAGGGCUCCUAUGUCAGUUUCUAUAUGCCAUUCAGCUGUGACUUAGUGAGAGCGGGAGAGAAGGAAAAAUAACUGCUUAACUCAGUGACUGUUGUUGUUUUUGUAGCUCAUACUCAGGCAGUGGCCUGCAGCAACAAUGUGAUCCCAGUUACGCACGAAUCCUACACUAGCUCUGAGAUCAAAAGGAGAUUGUUCACAAAGUUGUAACAGAAAAAUGCAGAAAAUUUGUCUUGAUAUUAUAUAAAAGAUUUGUUUUGUUUGUUCUUACUGCUCUACAUUUGCUCUGAUUACCAUUAAAGCACAUGUCUUGUAUUCUUCAUGGUGAAUAAUAAAGAACCUCACUGCCUUU